AUGGCUGAAGUAUCGAAUGAAAGUCACUUUGCAAAUUGGUCGAUACCAAAUUUACAAAAAAUUAAUGUUCAGGAAUUAUAUACUCGACACCGCCAAAGUUUACGUUCAUGGUUUGAAUUUUUCAAUACAUCGAAAUUUAAAACACCUGUAAAUAUUGGAACAGCUACUCGACGACUUCUUGCUAAUGUUGAAUAUUUUCAAACAAAUUAUUUCAUAGUUAUUAUUAUUUUAUCCAUCUAUUGUGUGGUUACAACGCCAUCACUACUUUUUGUCUUAUUAGCUAUCGGCGCUGGUUCUUAUUUAGUCACUAUAAAAAAUCGAGAAAAACAAUUAUCAUUCAUGGGACGUCAAAUACCACUACCACAACAAUAUGCGGCUGUGAUGGCUCUUUGCAUUCCAUUACUGAUUAUAGUUGGAGCGGGUUCAGCUAUUUUUUGGAUUCUUGGUGCAUCGGUAUUUGUUAUUGCUCUUCAUGCAGUGUUUCAUCAAACACCGAACCAAGAUGCAUUUGGUUUACAAAUGCAAGAAGUUUAG